AUGACUCAGCAAGACAAGUCCUCCUUCGAGCAGGCCACUGAAGCUGUUUCAUACCUGAAGAGCCGCUUGCCUGAGGGUCUGCAAACCCCGCGAGUCGCUAUUGUAUGUGGCUCUGGACUGGGCGGAUUGGCAGACACUGUUCAGUCAGAAUCCAGAGCGGAAUACGACUAUUCGUCGAUCCCUCAUUUCCCUCGACCAACAGUUGCCGGGCAUGCUGGCAAGCUGGUAUUUGGCUUUCUCGGGCAGCGGAUCCCCGCAGUGCUGAUGGUUGGCCGUGCUCACUAUUAUGAGGGCCAUUCUAUGGACCGGGUUACAUUUCCUAUUCGCGUGUUCAAGCAGCUGGGGGUGGACACCGUCGUUUUGACAAAUGCGGCUGGAGGCCUAAAUUCUGAAUACAGCGUGGGAGAUAUCGUCCUGCUUAAUGAUCAUAUCUUCCUGGCGGGGUUGGCAGGGGUUCACCCGCUGAGGGGACCUAAUGCCGAAGAAUUCGGAGUUCGCUUCCCACCGCUGUCGGAUGCGUACGACCUUGACCUUCGACGUCGUGUGCACCAAGCUUGGAAGGAAGCCAUCCCUUCUCAGAGUACCAGGAAGUUACAUGAGGGUGUCUACGCUUUUGUUGGAGGACCCACCUAUGAAACAAGGGCCGAGAGCCGAAUGCUUCGAAUGCUAGGCGCCGACGUCGUCGGCAUGUCGACCGUUCCGGAGAUCGUAGUGGCUCGACACUGUGGCCUUCGUGUGCUGGCCUUCAGUCUUGUCACAAACAACGCCGUGCUGGCGCCGGUGCCUCGCGGGGAUGAACACCUGCUCCAGGACAAAGCCGCAGGUGAGCUGACUGCGAUCCUGGAAGAGGGCAAGGCCGGACAUGAAGAAGUCCUGGAGGCUGGCCGAACGGCCGCUCUUGAGAUGCAGGGGUUGGUGGUGCAGACUCUUGUGAGAGCCUUCGACCGGGAAUAG